AUGACACUGAAAAUCAUUAUCAUAUCUGAUACGGACCAACAUACAGAUUGCAAUGAUAAAUCCGACAUUAAUAACGAUCAAUUGCUUUUCGAGUUCAGAGAUGAAAAUAAUUCCUUGGAGCAAGUACUUAGGAAGAUUGAAAUUGUGCAUGCUAAGGUUCAGAAACUCAGGAAUCAACUCGAUCAAGUUAUGUCAAAAAAUGUCUCGAAGUUUUCUUCCUCUGAGAACUUAAGCUUCCUUGCUGCUUGUGAUGCUCAAACCAGCUCCGCCCCUAGCCCUACGUUGUCAGCUGGCAACGGAGACACAAUAUCUGCCAGACCUGCAUUUAACACAACUCAACAAAUUUGCGAAUAUGCUGGAGAUAUGGUUAUGCCUGCAAGUGCCAUUUCAAGUUAUGAAGAGGCUUUCCAUUUACCUGGUACCUGCCACCAGCCACCACUUGUAGACUCGUGCGAAGAUAUUGUGGAAAAUGUUCCGAUACAGAAUGAAGGAAAUGGCGGAGAUAAACAAGCUUUAAUGGCAAUAAACAGUCAAUCUAUGAAGCAACAUCAUCAAACGGAGAAAGUAGAAGAAGGAGAGAGCUCCAACCCUUCUCGUAUUGCAACAUCAGAGCCUAAAAACGCAACAAAAAACGUUGUGUCUCAGGAGCAAUCAAUUCUGAGAUCAUGUCUAGCUUCAGACAUCUGUUUCCCUAAGAGUAAAAGAAAGCGAGGGGAACGUAAAGCCGGCUCCGUCGGUUGGAGCAGGAAACCUGCAGGUGAGCCUGAUAAUAGCCAAUGACUUCAUUUCUGAUGGUCCACUAAGUUUAGCAGCCUCUAUAUUGCUAACAAAUCAAAGCACAGAGGCACUCAGUAGGCACCAUAACUGGAACUCCUUCGAUUUUUUGGGAGCCACUAUGUUGUAGUUUCUGAUAAACUGGCAUCAAACAACAGUUUUCAUGGGGCCAAAAAACUAACCUACAGCUCCAUGAUCAUAA